GCCGCCCGCGGCGCGGCCGGGGCGGCGUCGGCCGCCGCCGAGGCCACCCGCGGGCCCGCCCCGCCUCCGAGCGCGGGCGCAGGGCGGGCCCUCGGCGGCGCGAGCGGCGACCUGCCGCAGGAGGAGCUGAGGCGGAGGCGUGCCGAGGCGCUGGAGCGGCUGUGCCAGCCGUCGGCGCCGCUGCGCACGGCCGGCGGCGGGGAGGGCGCCGCCGCGCCCGUCGGCGCUGCGGCUGCCGGCGAGGAGCGCAGCGGGGCGCCCGCCGCCGGGCCGGGCGCGGGCAAGGCCCUGGGCGGCGCCUGCGCGCCCGGCGGCGAGGGCGGCAACCUGUCGCAGGAAGAGCUGAGGCAGAAGCGGGCCGAGGCCAUGGAGCGGCGCCUGCUGCGCCACCUGUCGAACAAAUAG